AAAACCAUUGUGUUUCAGCCACCCUUGAGCACCAAGGCUUCUUGACUCCCAGGAAAUCUUGUUCAUCUACUCUUGAUCUGCAGAAAGUGCAGAUCAACUGACCCACCGAACUCGUUAGGCUCGUUCCGUCAUCCUUAUUAUGCGGCUCAUGAUUGCUUGGUGCUCCUGCUUGGUCGUCUUCUUCCUACUUCAGGCAAUUCAUACGGCCAGCGGUGUGGUUUACAAUAUUACUACAUCGGAGCCGCUCUUUCCGAACCAAACCCUCGUCUCCUCUGGCCAAAUCUUUGAGCUUGGGUUCUUCACGCCGAAUGGGUCAGAAAGUCAGUAUGUUGGCAUAUGGUACAAGAACUUGACGCCUUCUAAGAUUGUGUGGGUGGCCAAUAGGGAAUGGCCGCUCGUGUACACAGAUCAGUCUGCGAAAUUAACGAUAGGCGGUGAUGGGAAUUUGAAGCUCAUGGAUGGACAACAGGGUAUAGUUUGGUCUACCAAUGUCUCUAGUCUGUCCAAUUAUACGUCAGCAGCUCUAUUAGACAGUGGGAAUUUUGUUCUGCAAGAUGGAAAUUAUAGCGAAAUAUGGGGAAGCUUCGAGGAUCCGACAGACACUCUUCUUCCGAGAAUGAAGCUGGGAGUAAAUGUCAGGACUGGAGUGAAACACUUUCUAAUUUCCUGGAAAAGCGACAGUGAUCCAUCUCCCGGAAGUUUCUCAUCUGGAAUGACAUCAGAGACGCCACCUCAAGCUUUCACUUGGAAUGGUUCGACGCCUUACUGGAGAAGCGGGCAAUGGGACAAAACGCAAUUUAUCGGCAUACCAGACAUGGACCAAUCGUACUCGAGUGGAUUCAAUGUCGAGCAGGAUAUUCAGCAGGGGACCACUUACUUUUCAGUCGAUAGAUACAAUUUCUUUGGAUACAUCUUCGUUUCACCUGGAGGAUCUCUUAUGACAUCGUACUGGGAUGAUGGAGCUGAGGCAUGGUUGACAGAUUGGGCAGCACCGAACAAUACUUGUGAGAUGUAUGGAACUUGUGGUCUUUUUGGAGUUUGUAACUCAUUGAAUUCGCCCAUUUGCAGAUGCAUAGAUGGGUUUGUGCCAAAGUCAAAUGGAGAAUGGAACAAUGGAAACUGGACCGGAGGAUGUGCAAGAGAGACGGAAUUGAAUUGCCAGAAAAACACAAGCACAUCAGCUCCAACAAAUGUCAAGAAAGAUGCGUUCUGGCAAAUGAGCCGGAUGAAACUACCCGACUCUGGGGACUAUUUAUCAGACAUUGGAGAUCAAGAAGGAUGUGAAAGCUGGUGCCUGAGCAAUUGUUCUUGCUUGGCUUAUUCUUAUGUCGGCACCAUUGGGUGUAUGGUUUGGAGCAAAGACCUAAUUGAUCUUCAGGAACUUCCCACAGCUGGGGAAGAUCUAUUUGUUCGAGUUGCACAUGUAAAAGCAGGAGGAUCACGACACAAAGCAGUUAUCAUCAGCCUGGCUACUAUUGCCGGGAUCAUGUUCUUUGCAGUACUUGUUUUUAGUCUUUACAAAUGGAGUGCUGAAAAAAUGGGAAACUUGAACAAAGAUCCAAGGCUCCUUGAUUUAGUAGAUACACCUGAAAAAUCGGCCGAACUGAUACAAGGAAAUGCAUGGAAAGAGCAGCUGCAGCAAGAUGAUUCACUGGAUUUGACCCUUUAUAGUUUUGAUAGUAUACUACUUGCUACAAACAAGUUCAGCACGACAAGUAAACUCGGGCAAGGAGGGUUUGGCUCUGUUUAUAAGGGGAAGCUGAAUGGGAAAGAGGUAGCCAUAAAAAGACUUUCCAGUACCUCGGCCCAAGGCGUUGAAGAGUUCAAAAAUGAGAUCAUCCUUAUAUCGAGACUCCAACAUCGAAAUCUUGUUAAACUCAUGGGUUACUGCAUUGAAGGAGAAGAAAAGAUAUUGGUAUACGAGUAUUUGUCAAACAAAAGCUUGGACACCUUUCUUUUUGAUUCAAGAAAGAAAGCAGAACUUGACUGGGGCAAACGAUUUCAAAUGAUUCAGGGGAUCGCAAGGGGGCUUCUCUACCUCCAUCGAGAUUCUUGCCUAAGGGUCAUACAUCGAGACUUAAAAGUGAGCAAUAUUCUUUUGGAUGAAAAGAUGAACCCAAAAAUUUCGGAUUUUGGGCUGGCACGAAUGUUUGAGGGCACUCAGGUUUUGGUGAACACCCAGAAAAUUGUUGGAACACUUGGCUAUAUGUCUCCUGAGUAUGCCAUGGGCGGGAUUUUUUCGGAAAGGUCCGAUGUCUAUAGCUUUGGAGUGUUGCUACUGGAGAUCGUUAGCGGCAAAAAGAACACAGCUCUCUAUGACCAGGGCCAACAUCUGAAUCUCCUUUCCCUCGCGUGGCAAUUAUGGAGUGAUGGAAAAGCAUUCGACCUAACAGAUGAAGCAAUUCCUGUUAGCUCUCCAUGGGAGCUAAUAAGAUGCAUCCAUGUUGGGCUUCUCUGUGUUCAGGAUCAUCCCACAAAUAGACCAGACAUGUCGAAUGUGGUUCUGAUGUUAAGUGGUGAGUCAGAUCUUCCUCAGCCGAGACAGCCGAUAUUCACUUUCCAAGCCGAAAUGCCAGAUCGUUCUAUUCCAUCACAGGAAGAAAGCAUCUGGUCUGUUAACACUGUCACUGAUACAUUGGUCGAAGGAAGAUGACUGCUAUUUUUUGUCUUCAUUUUUAUUUUGCUUGCUUUGGAGAUGAUUUUGAUGCUGUUUUCUAAUAUAUUAGUGUUUAUUCAAUUCAAGUAUGGCUUUAGUCCGCCCUGAACAAAAGGGUGAAUGAACUGCUCCACUUU